UGCGGCCGCCGGGACCCCCGGCGCUGGGAGCGGAGAACCUGGCCGGAGCCGUGGGUGGGCGGCGGCCCCUUUAAGAACGCAGCGGCCCCGCCCCGCCCCGCGCCCCGGAAGCGACGGCUCCGCUGCCCCGGAAGCGACGGCUCCGCUGCCCCGGAAGUGGACGGCACGCCGCGGCGGGGUGGGUGCAAGAUGCCGCUGCCGGUUCAGGUGUUUAACUUGCAGCAGCCAGCCAGCUCUGUGUCAGGGUCGGGGGGUGCAGAAAGUCAGGACAGAAUGAGGGAUAGCUCGGCCCCCAGCUCGGCCUCCUCGUCAGUGACAGAUCUGUACUGCACCCCUCACAGCAGUAGGUCAGACCUCGUCCUGCCCGGCACGGCCGGGGACUUCAGCCUGAGCGCCAGCCUGUCGGCCUGUACGCUGCUCUACGAGGGGGCCGUGGAGCCCAUGCAGAUCGACGUGGACCCCCAGGAAGACCCGCAGAAUGCACCUGACGUCAACUACGUGGUGGAGAACCCCAGCCUGGAUCUGGAACAGUACGCGGCCAGCUACAGCGGCCUGAUGCGCAUCGAACGGCUGCAGUUCAUUGCUGAUCACUGCCCCACGCUGCGGGUGGAGGCCCUGAAGAUGGCCCUCUCCUUCGUGCAGAGAACCUUUAACGUGGACAUGUACGAGGAGAUCCACCGCAAGCUCUCAGAGGCCACCAGGGAGCUGCAGAACGCACCCGACGCCAUCCCCGAGAGCGGCGUGGAGCCCCCAGCCCUGGACACGGCCUGGGUGGAGGCCACGCGGAAGAAGGCGCUGCUGAAGCUGGAGAAGCUGGACACAGACCUGAAGAACUACAAGGGCAACUCCAUCAAGGAGAGCAUCCGGCGCGGCCACGACGACCUGGGCGACCACUAUCUGGACUGUGGGGACCUCAGCAACGCCCUCAAGUGCUACUCCCGGGCCCGGGACUACUGCACCAGCGCCAAACACGUCAUCAACAUGUGCCUCAACGUCAUCAAGGUCAGCGUCUACUUGCAGAAUUGGUCUCAUGUGCUCAGCUACGUCAGCAAGGCUGAGUCCACCCCAGAGAUUGCCGAGCAGCGAGGAGAGCGUGACAGCCAGACCCAGGCCAUCCUCACCAAGCUCAAGUGUGCUGCAGGCUUGGCAGAGCUGGCCGCCAGGAAGUACAAGCAGGCUGCCAAGUGCCUCCUGCUGGCUUCCUUUGAUCACUGUGACUUCCCUGAGCUGCUGUCCCCCAGCAACGUGGCCAUCUACGGUGGCCUGUGCGCCUUGGCUACCUUUGACCGGCAGGAGCUGCAGCGCAAUGUCAUCUCCAGCAGCUCCUUCAAGUUGUUCUUGGAGCUGGAGCCACAGGUCCGAGACAUCAUCUUCAAAUUCUACGAGUCCAAGUACGCCUCAUGUCUCAAGAUGCUGGAUGAGAUGAAGGACAACCUGCUCCUGGACAUGUAUCUGGCCCCCCAUGUCAGGACCCUGUACACCCAGAUUCGCAACCGUGCCCUCAUCCAGUAUUUCAGCCCCUACGUGUCAGCUGACAUGCAUAGGAUGGCGGCAGCCUUCAAUACCACGGUGGCCGCCCUGGAGGAUGAGCUGACGCAGCUAAUCCUGGAGGGGCUGAUCAGUGCCCGUGUGGACUCACACAGCAAGAUCCUGUACGCCCGGGACGUGGAUCAGCGCAGCACCACCUUUGAGAAGUCUCUGUUGAUGGGCAAGGAGUUCCAGCGCCGUGCCAAGGCCAUGAUGCUGCGGGCAGCUGUGCUCCGCAACCAGAUCCAUGUCAAGUCCCCGCCCAGAGAAGGGAGCCAGGGGGAGCUGACUCCAGCCAACAGCCAGUCCCGGAUGAGCACCAACAUGUGAGGGAUGAACCUUGGCCUCCAGGACAUCUGCACCCCCUCCCCACCUCCACGGACCUCCUGACCUCCAGGCGGCUUAGUGCUGCCUGCGGCCCAGCUAAGGGGCCUGGCCACUGGGUGCCACCCAGCCUGUGUGCCCUCGCUGGGGCUGAGGAGGCAGGCGGCUGCUAGUUGUGGCCCUUCCUGGAAGGAGAGGCCUGCAGGGCUCGACCCUGUGGGUUUCUGUCCCCAGGGAGCAGACUGUGCGGCACCCAGGCCCAGCAGCACCAUUUCCCAGACCCCUCCUGUUCCCGCCUCAGUCAGUUGCAGACAAGUGGGCGGUGUCCAUUAAAGAGCAGAUUCAGCGUU